GUCAUUUGGAAUCUGCACAGAAUUUCACCUGGAAGCAGGCAAAGAUGGAUGCAGAUGGUGAAGAUAAAAAGCUGCGCACACGCUCAAAAGGAACCAAGGUGCAAGUGGACUCUAUAGCUCAGGAGCUCAGUGCCUACAAAUGCUCCAUGGCUAAGAAGAGAAAAGCUGAAGAACAGAUUUCAGGAGUUCCAGUCAAUAAAAGGAAGUCCCUGUUAAUGAAACCCCGUCACUACAGUCCCACUGUGGAAUGCAGAGAAGAAAAUGAGGACAGAACAGAGUUGCAGGAAGAUGUCAACGUCCUCGAAACAAAUGACACGUCUGCUACAGAAGAAAAUACUACAAAAUCACCUGAUGAAACCUCUCAUUCAGCUGGGCAAGAAACCUCCAGUCAAACGAAGGACAACUACACCCGCUACCAGGACCUCGUGGUCAAAUCUUUAAUGAACAUGGGAAAACUAGCAAAAGAUGCACCAGUUCAAAUGGUGACUGAGAACCUAAAUGACAGUGGCAUCCAGUCCUUAAAGACAGAAAGUGAUGAUGUUGAUGAAUGUUACACAAUUAACUCAUCGGAAGGAAAAGAAAAGAUUUGUGUUUCCGACCCACAAUACUGUUCAUCUGAAGACAAUGAAAGUAGCUCUGAAAUUUUGGACAAUGAAUGGGACAGUUCCUCAAACUUCUCAGAAGACACUAGCAUAAAGCCCCAUGUAACUCAGAGAUAUAUUGCAGGAUGUAACCGGCAAGACAUUCUGGAAGUUCCAGAAAUUAAGACUGAAGAAGCAGAAUUUCGCCCCUGUGAAACAGUUUGUGACUCAGAAACAGAGCUAAGAGAAUUGCAGGAAUCUCAUGUUGAUCCUUUUGACAAGAGAAUUCAGAAUCCAUUCCCUGAAAGCGAGGAAGACGAUGAGUGCCUAUCAGAAACUACAGACAUGUCAGUUGACCUGGACAAAACAAAAGGGAAUUUGAGUUUGCUAGAACAAGCGAUAGCUCUGCAGGCAGAGCAAGGUCAUGUGUUUCACAGCACCUACAAAGAAUUGGACAGGUUUCUUUUGGAGCAUUUAGCUGGGGAAAGGAGACAAACCAAAGUUAUUGACAUUGGUGGGAGACAAAUCUAUAAUAACAAACAUUCACCCAGGCCUGAAAAAAGAGAAACCAAAUGUCCCAUCCCAGGAUGUGAUGGCACAGGGCAUGUGACUGGGCUGUACCCGCAUCACCGCAGUCUCUCAGGCUGUCCGCAUAAAGUCAGAGUGCCACUAGAAAUUCUUGCCAUGCAUGAAAAUGUUUUAAAGUGCCCCACUCCAGGAUGUACUGGAAGAGGACAUGUCAACAGCAAUCGCAACACACACAGAAGUCUUUCUGGCUGUCCAAUUGCUGCAGCUGAAAAAUUGGCAAUGUCCCAGGAAAAAAAUCAGCAUGAUUCUCCUAAAACUGGACAGUGCCACGCUCAGGUUCACAGGACAAACUUAGCAAAGCAGCUCGAGCUAUCUCAGUACAAUUACCGAACUGCACAGCCAGCCACCUCUCCCAGAGCCACACUGACAAAAGAGCAAGAGAAGUUUGGGAAAGUACCAUUUGACUAUGCCAGCUUUGAUGCACAAGUCUUUGGCAAACGCACAAUGGCACCAGCAGUGCAAGGCCAAAAAACCCCACCGUUCCUUGAAUCAAAGCAUUUUUCACAUCCAGUGAAAUUUUCUAAUCGACUGCCUAGUGCUAGCGCCCACACACAGAGCCCUUGUCAUGCCAACUCUUAUAGCUACGGUCAAUGUAGUGAAGACACCCACAUAGCAGCAGCUGCUGCUAUCCUGAACCUUUCCACCCGCUGCAGGGAAGCAGCAGAGAUCCUCUCCAGCAAACCGCAGAGUCUGGCUGCCAAGGGAGCUGAGAUAGAAGUGGAUGAAAAUGGCACUCUGGAUUUGAGCAUGAAAAAGAACCGAAACCAGGACAAGGUUAUGCCUCUAACUUCUUCCAACGCAGCACUUCCCACUCCUUCCUCUUCUCCCUUCAAAACAAGCAGCAUUCUGGUAAAUGCAGCCUUCUACCAGGCUCUCUGUGAACAGGAGGGCUGGGAUAUGCCAAUCAACUAUAGCAAGACACAUGGCAGGAAAGAGGAAGAGAAAGAGAAAGAUCCAUUGAGCUCCCCAGAAAACCUGGAGGAAAAAAAGUAUCCAGGAGAUGUCUCCAUACCGAGUCCAAAACCCAAGCUCCAUCCAAGAGAUCUCAAGAAGGAACUCAUCACCUGCCCGACUCCAGGAUGUGAUGGCAGUGGUCAUGUAACAGGAAACUAUGCAUCACAUCGCAGUGUUUCCGGGUGCCCAUUAGCCGACAAGACAUUAAAAUCCCUUAUGGCUGCCAACUCUCAAGAGCUUAAGUGUCCCACACCUGGUUGUGAUGGCUCUGGUCAUGUGACUGGAAAUUAUGCUUCACACAGAAGCUUGUCUGGUUGCCCUCGUGCCAGGAAAGGUGGUGUCAAAGUUACUCCUACCAAGGAAGAAAAAGAAGACCCUGAACUUAAAUGUCCAGUGAUAGGCUGUGAUGGCCAAGGUCACAUAUCAGGUAAAUACACUUCUCAUCGCACUGCUUCUGGUUGUCCUUUGGCUGCCAAGAGACAGAAGGAGAGUCCUCUCAAUGGGUCUUCAUUAUCCUGGAAACUGAACAAACAAGAGCUGCCACACUGUCCUUUGCCAGGCUGCAACGGGCUGGGUCAUGUAAAUAAUGUUUUUGUCACCCACAGAAGCUUGUCAGGGUGUCCUCUGAAUGCACAAGCCAUAAAAAAGGGCAAAAUCUCAGAAGAACUAAUGACUAUCAAGCUUAAAGCAAGUGGGGGUAUCGAGAGUGAUGAGGAAAUCAGACACUUGGAUGAGGAAAUAAAAGAACUGAAUGAAUCCAAUCUUAAAAUUGAAGCUGACAUGAUGAAACUUCAAACCCAGAUCACAUCUAUGGAGAGCAAUCUGAAAACAAUAGAAGAAGAGAACAAACUUAUAGAGCAGAACAACGAGAGCCUGCUGAAGGAAUUAGCUGGCCUAAGCCAAGCCCUCAUCACCAGCCUUGCCGACAUUCAGCUUCCACAAAUGGGGCCAAUCAGUGAGCAGAACUUCGAAGCAUAUGUAAAUACACUCACAGACAUGUACAGCAAUCUGGAACGGGACUAUUCCCCGGAAUGCAAAGCUCUGCUGGAAAGUAUCAAACAGGCAGUGAAGGGCAUCCAUGUGUAGGAUGUGAAGGCUGCUGGGCAACAGAAAUUACUUAACAGCAGUAAACUCCAGAUGGAUCUGUUAGGAGUUCAUGUACUGCUAAGGCGUGUAGGUUGCCGUGCUGCAUUUACAAUUGCAACAUUGCACUAAUUUUCCCAGCUGACAUAAAAAGGAAGGAAAACACAACAGACUAUUUGUAUUAACAGCAAUGCACUCAAUUAAUAUAUUGUAUUUAUUUCAGUACAAUUCCUUUUUUUCCUUCUUUUGCACUCAGUUUUUGUAAAGUGAAUGUAAAAAGUGUGUGCAACUAUUUUUUAUAUUUUUAUUUAUUUCUAAUCAAAGAGUUGUGUUUUUUUAUCUUUUAACAGCAUUUUUGCGGCCUGCCAUAUUUUUACAAAUGUGUUUAUUAAUUUAUUUUCCAAUGGGAUUUUAAAUAGACUGAAAGUUAUACUGUAAAUUAAAUAUCUUGCUGGGUUUGUACAGGAAGAAAAAAAAUACUAUGAAAGUAACAAAUGAC